UUAGGGGAGAUCCACUUCAACUCACCUGUCUCCGAACGCGACAAGCAGAUUAUCAACGUCAUUUGCACGUGGGCGGGAGGAUCACUCCAUUAUGCUCAGGUCGCAUCUCAAUUGGAACGCACAGGAAGCAGUUCAGAAGUCUUCGCUAGGCAACGUCGUCUGAAUUCAUUCCUAUUGGACGUGGCGAAAAGCAUUUUUCAAGAUAUUGUAUCAAUGGAUACUGUAAUCAUCAAAGUGAUGAACUUCGCGGCCAAAUUGGUUGAAGCGGAUCGAGCGUCGUUAUUCCUUGUGGACAGUAAAAACCACGAACUGUACGCCAGAAUUUUCGACGUUGGCAAAGAUGGCGAAGAACUUGAAAAAAUCAAUAAAGAAGGACAUAAAGAGAUUCGAUUCAGCAUGGAUCGAGGGAUUGCUGGUCAUGUGGCGUCCACGGGUGAAGGCCUGAACAUCGAAGAUGCCUACGAAGACAAUCGAUUCAAUCCCGAAAUUGACUCAAAAACCGGCUACACCACCAAGACCAUCCUCUGCAUGCCAAUUUUCAUACGUGGA